AUGGAGCGCAAACUGCCAAACGAGCUCACGGACGUCAUAAUCAACUUCUUCUGGGACGACCCACCGACAAUGCGGAGCUGUGCUCUGACGUGCCGAGACUGGCUGCCGAGGAGCGUCUUCCAUUUUCAGGCGUACCUUAUCCUCAGCAUCAAAAGCGUCGCGACACUCUCCCUCCUGUCGCAACGCCUCGGGUGCCCCAAUAGCAGGCAGUUCUACCGCGACAUGGAGGUCAUGGAGGUCUCGGAGGUGUUCACGCAGAUACAUUUCGCACAUACGGUGCCGUUACACAUCCCCGGACCGUUCCUCCCGAAACUCAGAGAGAUCGAAUUCUCCCACCUUGGCCGGCGGCUCGGGGAAUCGCCUCCUAUGCACUGGCACCACAGUUCCUUCACACUGCUUUCGUCGUACAAGGCGAUGACUACAUUGCGCUUGUCAAACUGCCACUUCCACGAUGCGGGCAACCUGCGCCGGGUAGUCUACGCGCUUCCCGCUCUUGACGAUGUGACUCUCGUGGAUGUGACGUUUUCGCCUCGCACAUCGCUGUCCCCAGAGCUUGGACGCCGCCGCCGGCAGCUUGAUCGCCUGGCGCUUCGACUUUCAGGACCGACAGUAUAUUACGGAUUGAUCUACUUGCUCGAACACUUCAUCAACACUGGCUGGCAGGACCGCCAAAUGCCAUCAGCAGAUGCUACAAGCCUGGUGCACAACAUUCACGUCAAAACCACUACCUACAUCUAUUUCAUCGACAGAGACUACAUCGAUCUACGCGUGACCACUCGAAGAAUUGUAGACAUGCUCUCUCAGGGCGUAGGCAGGAACGUCCACACCGUACAGCUCACCUUUCACCUCCACGAGCGAAACCUCCUGCCGUGUCCCGAGAAUUCCACAGGGCUUUCAUGGCAGCCACCGUGGACCCUUCUGCAGGAGACGAUGCGCGAUGCGCUGCCGAACGUACGCACAAUAGAGUUGGACAUCCGAGAUGACUCUGGAGACGACCCGACGCCUGCCACGGAUGUGGCGGUCAGGAUUAUCCCUCGAUUGUUCAUGCACUGGGCCGCUCGUGGCCAGCUCUUGGUCAAGGUCCAAGGGCGCAUCCUGGACACGUACGGUCAAAUUUAGUCACGGAGAGCCUUGACUAUGCUCGGUGGAGGAAAGCUCCUGAUCCAUGAUUACGGCCGACAACAGCGAUCGCAGUCUCGACUGCUUGGGAUAGUCGGUAUGGAGGGCGGCGGGAUUGUAGGGACUGGAUCCAAGUCCAGGAGCAAGGGCGUGUGUAAGACGGAGACGGAGAGUAGUUGAGGGAGGUAAACGCGAUAGCACGGUCGGGUAUGUGAGGCGACAUAUGUUCCUUAGUUGAUGACCUGCUCUAACUCUGAACUCAUGUCAAGUGGAGAUAGUAAUACCAAGCUACUCGAUCAGGUUAUAGGGAGCGCACUGACAGGAAAGUACGUGAGAGGAGUGUGCGACUCGAAUGGUCUACUAUGAAGGAUGUAGCGAAAAUAGUAUCACUCGAAUGCCUAGUCAGAUUGAAUGUACCUAGAAACCUUCAGUUAAUGAUCUAGGAAGUCUGCAGAGAGCUCCAUGACGG